UUGGCUUUCGUGGCACUGUAGUAGUAGCCCAACUCUUUGUUGUUGACAAGAAAUCAUUUCGUGUUAAUCGGGACCUUCGUGCAACGAAAUUUACCGUGGGAAUAGACUCGACCAAUUGUAAUAUGUUGAAUUUCAUGUUUGACAUCAGUACUAGAGUUCCACCACACAUUCCUUAAUAGUUUCCAUUAUUUUAUUUUCUAAAAUAACGUGUGAAAUAUCUGUUUGCCAUGUUCAACAAAGUUAACCUAAUUUCCCACAGACUCUCACGGCGAAAAACGUAUGCUGAAAAUGAAGAAGGAGACUUAUUAGAGAGUCACUCAGGAACUGGUCCCAAACUACUGAGAAUUCUAAAUUUGUUUGAUCUCACUUUUCUUGGCAUAGGUAGCACUUUGGGUGUAGGCAUUUACGUACUUGCUGGAAGCGUUGCUAAAGAUUUAGCGGGACCAGCUGUCUGUCUGUCUUUCUUGAUUGCCGCUGUUGCAUCUGGAAUUGCUGCUUUGUGUUAUGCUGAGUUUGGAGCAAGGGUUCCAAAAGCUGGGUCAGCUUAUGUUUAUAGUUAUGUUACAGUAGGAGAAUUCAUUGCCUUUGUCAUUGGUUGGAAUCUGAUUCUUGAAUACUUGAUAGGUUCUGCAAGUGUGGCUAGAGCACUAAGCUUAAAUGUUGAUGCAAUGAGCAAUCAUAGUAUGUCUAGGUUGUUUACUCUUACAACUCCAAUUCAUGUACCCUUUAUGUCAGCAUAUGCUGAUUGGCUAUCCAUGAGUGUCACUCUGCUAAUGACAAUUGUUUUAGCAGUCGGAGUCAAAUCAACUUCACUUUUCACCAACACUUUUACAAUAUUAAAUCUAUCAGUUGUAGUGUUUGUGAUAACUGCUGGAGCUACAUAUGCUAAACCAGAGAACUGGGUGUUAUCGGUAAAUGAAACACUCCAAAAGGAUAAUAAUGUUGGAAUGGGUGGAUUUUUCCCAUAUGGAGUAAGUGGAGUAAUGGCAGGAGCCGCUAAAUGCUUCUUUGGUUUUGUUGGCUUUGAUUCCAUAGCCGCUGCAGGCGAAGAAGCUAAAAACCCGAAACGAAAUAUUCCUUUGAGUAUUGUCCUCACUUUGGUUGUGGUUCUUAUUGCUUAUGUUGGCGUAUCAGUCGUAUUAACGUUGAUGAUUCCAUACUAUGCCCAAGACAAGGAUACGCCGUUGAUCCACGCAUUCCAGCAAGUUGGUCAUUCAUGGGCAGCUUGGAUUGUCACAGUUGGUUCGGCUUUUGGACUUGCGGCAAGUUUGUUAGGCGCUAUGAUUCCAAUGCCGAGAGUGGUUUAUGCUAUGGCAAAAGACGGACUCCUAUUAAGAUGUCUUGCUGCGGUCCACCCAAGGUUUAAGACCCCCUUUACAGCCACCAUACUGACUGGCUCUAUUGCAGCUAUUUUUGCAAUGGUUACUGAUCUUGAUUCUCUAGUGGAAAUGAUGUCAAUAGGAACGCUUUUGGCCUAUACUUUGGUGGCUGUAUCUAUUCUCAUUCUCAGGUAUGAGUGGAAUCCUUUAAAACACAAUACUACGAGUUUAGACGCUGUAUUACCUUGGCAACGUGAACCUACUGAAGAUUCUUCGAAAAAAUCCAAAAUUAUCAUCUUCGUUCUAUGUAUUUUAAUAGUGAUUUCCUGUACAGUAUUAGCUUCCAUUCAAAAAUCUCAAGUGUAUCAUGCUGGAUUGAUAAUUUUAUUGCUUUCAACUGCAAUAGCAAUGUUGGGCUUAGUUCUAUAUCUGUGUUUCUUGCCUAGAGCAAUCAGCCGUGUUUAUUUCAUGGUCCCUUUUGUACCAUUGAUUCCGGCAAUAAGCAUAUGGAUUAAUAUGUAUCUCAUGUUCCAACUAUCUCUUGCUACCUGGUUAAGGUUUAUUGUUUGGAUGGCUGUUGGUUUACUCGUCUACGGGGGAUACGGUGCGAGCCAUUCUACUCUCGAACGAGAGUCCGUAAUGUUGUCAGCUUUUUCGCCUGAAGACGACAACUCUCCACUUGUUAAUUUAUUAGUUAUGAAUGAAGACACGUAUUAAAAAAAAAAACGAACGAACAAUAACGUUAAUAUUGGUGCUUGACGGUUGUCGUAAUAUUUAAUAUUAAAUGCAGAAAUACUUUCGAUUUAUUCUGCCGCGCAUAUUUAACGAUCUCUUAUAGUAACUAUUCCAGAGUGCAGAUAUAAAACAUUCUAUUGGAAAGAUAAAGGCAAUACAUAUACUACUAACCAAAG